ACAAUUAUAUUAUUUAUAAUUUAUCGAAAUCAAUCCACAAAUGUCACAAACAUUUUCCUGGUUAACUUGUCAGUAGCGGAUCUGCUGGUAACACUAUUCUGCAUGCCAGUUCAAAUAGCGAAGUCAGUCACGCUGCUCUGGUACUUUGGAGAGGUCAUGUGCAAGACUGUCAACUUUCUUCAAGGUGUCGCUGUAGCAUCGAGUGUGUUCACGAUCACAGCGAUGUCAGUGGACAGGUUCUUGGCCAUCACACAAUCUCUUCGCCAGCCGUGGAUGCCAUCAAGACGUGGCGCGUGCAGUUUACUGGUCGCGCUGUGGCUCGUCUCACUGGCAAUAUUCGCACCACUGUUAGCUGUGGCAGCGGUCGAGACGGUGAUGGUACCGGUGCUCUCGAGAACUAGAAACGGAUCGAUUUGGGUAGAAAGCAGUAUCGAAUUCUGCACAGAGAAGUGGCCGGACUCGAUAAGGAAGGAAUUGUUCGGUGCGUUCAGUUUCAUACUCGUCUACGCGGUUCCAGGUUGUAUUGUCGUUGUCUCGUAUUCGUUGAUGGGACGUCGGUUGUGCUCAGUGCUGCCUCCAUUCGAUCAAACCGAGGGCAGUGCUAACAGUCAGCAGCGUUUAAGACUCGUCCGCGAAAGAAAGCGAGUAGCAUGGAUACUGCUUCUCCUGGCGGUACUGUUCGCGCUGUGUUGGUUGCCGUACAAUAUUCUUCAACUCUUGAUCGAUAUCAACGCUGUCCAAGCUGACUCCGUGGCGUUAGUGUUACCGUACACGUUGUUGUUAGGACACACGAACUCAGCGAUCAACCCAAUAGUAUACUGUCUGAUGACACGCAACUUCAGAAGAUCGCUUCGCAAGCUUCUCUGUCACGACCCUGGUAACAUAAACACUAGUACUCAUUUCCAUGUAAGUUCCCAUUCACAGAUGCAAGGUUUGCGUCAAAAAUCCAACACGUCUAGCGUCAGGACUUGUACCACGGUCACCUUCAGAAGUAGUAAUCAGAGUAAACCGACUUGUAAUGGAAGUAUCCAGUACGGAAGAGUAAACAGGAGUUCCUUGCGAGAAACAGCCUGGAAGGACAGGGGGAAGGCUCAAUUUUUGUAA